AUGGGUUUACAUUAUGAUGAAAACGAGAAUCUGAUGGAGAUAAUCAAAGAGCUGGUUGAGGAUGGCUGUGCUUGUGACCAGGCCGUGACGCUGGUGGUGCUGGAGAGGCUACGCUCACGAGGACGCAGGCCCGGGGUGGUGAAAGUGGCUUUUGCAUCUGUGAAGGAAAAGGUGGCCGUGCUCCGGACAAAAUCAAACCUCAAAUCCACUGAAAACUACAGGAAAUUCUACAUCAAAACUGCAAACUCACACACUGAUCGUGUCAUGGAGGAGAAUUUCAAAGUGCUGUUACGGGACAUGCCUAACGGGAAGGAUUACUACGUGUCGGGCAAUGGGAAACUAGUGCGCCGCGGGGAAACUGAGGCGGAGCUGUGGCCGCUGCAGGAAACCGAGCAUGGAGCCGCUGAGGAGCUGCUGCCACCACAGUAA